AUGGAAGGGUGGUGGAAAAGAGGAAGAACAAGAAGCUCAUGGUUAUGGUGGGCUGUGGUGCCAUUGUUGCUGGUUUUUGGGCUAGUUUUGUUAUGGACUACUACUACUUCAAGUAGUUCUAAAAUGGAAGCUCCAGCUGCUUCGUUAUGGAGUUGGCCGGUUUCUUCUCUCAGUAGUAGUAGCUCCGGUGCUCAUCCUUUUCACAUGAAUAUUACAACUUUAUCUGCAUCUGCUGAAGGAAGUAGUUCAAACGUUGUUGAAGAUCCGCUGUCGUUUUCGCCACCGAAAGAGCCGCAGCCGCCUUUAAGUAGUCAUCCUGAUGAAGUUCAUAACUCCAGCUUCAGGGUCAAGUUCAGCAGCUCCGUUUCAAUGCCACCGGACGUUUCUGUUGAUGUAAAUACCCACAUUGAUGAAAACCCAGAAAUGCAAAAGGAGGAAUUACCCGGAAUUACAGCAGAUGAUUCCCCUGUAAAUCUUGCAACGAAUGAAAGUCAUGCCUCUCCCUCGAAUCCGAAGCUAAGGAGGAAGUUUAGCAAUUUAGGGCGAUUGGAAGCGGAACUGAAUUUAGCUCGGUCUGCCAUUAGAGAAGCAAAAAACACGAAUCAGUCAUAUGAUCCUGAUUACAUCCCAACUGGCCCAAUGUACUGGAAUGCUAAGGCUUUCCACAGUUUUGGUGUCAUUUUAAUGAUCUAA